CAUUCGUUCACCCUCUGUCAUUCGCUACCGCUUGAAACGAAAAAGUAGUGUUUAAUUGCAACAACGUUCAACUUCAAGGUUAUCGAGCCACAACUUACUUGAACAGUAGCAGUACCCCUGGCCCUUGGAAACCUUGCCUGUAUUUGAUUUCCUUCGACCAACAUUCCACUCUUCUGUUUUCCCUGCUUAAUUGCUGCUGUUGUUCGUUUUCCGCUCCACGAGGACUGCUACAGCUACUUCUAAGUGCUUGGCUCUCUUACAUUCAAUCCUUUUUGUAUAUUCCCAGCAGUCUCAGUCAGCAGACGGAGGAGUAAUAAUGCAGAAGCUCCAACAGCCCUCCAUUGCAGGCGGCUUUACGCCGCGGCCGUUGUCCGGGCUUCUGUCCGGUGGAAGCUCGCAGCCGAGCAGUUUCCGAAAACCGCUGGAGAUUCAUCCGAUACAGCUCCACCCGCAAGGCGGAAUGCAAGUCCCGAAAUCUCAGAAUCUGCUCUUUAACACGAGCCAAACCCACGGGGCGCACGGUAAAGAGUUUUUGGUCAUUUCCAUUUGUUGUUGCUUUGAGUCGUUGUUUUUUGCGGGUUCGGCACUGCUAGACGUGCUAUCGGUAGUUCUCUUCUCUUCUUUCGCUCCUCGCACAUAAUUUACACGGACCUUAUUUUCACAGCCCUGCGCACCAGCCUUCUCGGGAAAGGAUCUGCUGUGUCUGCGACCGCGGUCGACCACGCCAAAAACGACCCGGAAUUGGCGAAUUUGAGGGCGUUGAAGCAGAACUGCCUGCUCCAGACCAUUCCAGUGAAGGACGCACUUGACAGCCUGCGAGGGAAGCAAAUCGACGGCCGACUGGAUCUCGGAGCGUUCACCAUGGGAUAUCAGGAGGUAGAUUCUUUUCUAAGGAGUAAGCGUGCAAUUAUCGUAAUCGAAAAAUAAAUCAUCGUCUUUCGUAAGUAAAUGCCGAGCCUCACGUUUUCGUCUACUACCAAGGGCUGUAUCGAUUUCUUUUGUUUCAAACAUGGCGCCGAUCUCGUCAUGCAGUUUGCGUUAACAUACACUGCAAUCGAAUCCUGGACCUCCCUCCCGUGAAAUAGAAACGUCUUCCAAAAUGAUCCUCAGCUCUGCGCCAAGGAGAACCUUACCUGCCCGUCCCAGGACGUGAUUACGGGUCUGUUCCAGCUUUUCGACAAGGAUAAGAACAACGUGAUUGACCCGAUGGAGCUGUGCUGCGGCCUGAGCAUGAUGUGCAAGGGCACGGAGGAUGAGAAGAUACACGCGGUCUUCGACUGCUUCGACGAGGACGGGAACGGCAACAUAUCACUCGACGAAAUGUUCAAGUUUCUCGUCUCCGUGUAUCGGGUGGUGCUCACCCCCACCGUGCUCGCAACGAUCAAGAACCUUGGCGUCGAGGUGCAGUCGCCCGAAGACCUCGCCUCCGUCACCGCCCUGGAGUGCUUCAAGAGCGCCGACUUGGACGGCAACGGCAGCCUGAACGUGGAGGAAUUCAAGCAGUGGUUUUACGGCGGCGCUGCGGGCGCCGGUGUUCCGUCACCCACCACCUCCAGCCCGAGUGUCUUCGCGGGGCCGCUCAAAAAGUUGCUACAUUAAAUGAAGAUUCAAGAAGUAGAUGUCAAAGUCUUUCAGGAUGCCCAUGAUAGGGAAAUGGAUACGCAAGGCAGUAAGAACUGUAAACUGUUUUUGCAGUGCGAGAUGAAUGGAAACUCGAGGACUGCAUCUGCAUUUUCGUGGACCUUUGACAUAUGAAGAAUCCAAUCGUAACCUUUUUUGACCCUUAAACCGAGGCUAAUUGUCU